UCUUUUUUUUACCUGGGGCCAAACAUUCCGCACUGGACCAUUGAUAGAUUCACAGUCAUUCUCUAUCGCUGACCACUGACCUAGAUCUGACAAGCGCCCUGUUGACCUCACCGUCACGUCGUCUUCGCUGACCGCACAACGUAGGCAGCUAACAGAAGACAUCAAUAUCACUCAUCAUGUCGAAGUUAAGCUAUCUCUCCAACCCCCGGCAGAAACCCUACCGAUACUCUACAAUCACAGAACUAAUUCAGAAAAACACCCAGCGCUUCCCAGACCACGAAAUCUUGAUACAUCGCGGCAUAGAUGGGUCACGUGAUGCCAUGACGUAUAAGGAACUAUACAUGGAAGCCUCUAAGCUGGCAAAGUUCCUGGUUUACAAAGGGAUUCAAAAGGGGGACAAGAUUGCAUUGUUUGGACCAAAUACUCUAGAAUGGGUAGUAGGAGAGCUGGCGAUACUUUUGGCGGGAGGCGUCGCUGUCCACGUGACAAUCAGCGUCACAGACGCGCGGGAUCUCUGGGAUAUCUUCAGGCAGGCGGAUUGUAAAGCUUUCCUGAUUGACCCUGGGAAAGGCGAAGCGUUUCUUGACGCCAUUUUCCAGUUACUUGCGCUUUUCCGGCGCCGACGUCCUUCAAGACAGUACAAGGACAUAGACUCGAACGACGCGACAGUUUUGUUUCUCAGGGAAGUUGACGGUAUCCAAGGUUACCGAAAUCUUCCAGGAAUCCUGGAAAUGGAAGACACUGAUGUGCAGCUUCCAGUGCUUUAUCCCGAGGACGAAAUUCUUAUUUUUACCACCUCUGGUAGCACAGGGAAGCCCAAGAUGGUCUCCCAUUCUCACUUUGAUGUCAACAACAUUGACCUUUUCGAGAAAGAGCCCACCAUGGAGUCCAUUCAAGAAAAGACUUACAACGACCGGCCGUUUGGCUGGGUAGGCGGGUCACCUGUCAUCCAAAUCAGCAACGGCAUCACUCGGGUGUUCAGCGAUUCCUCGCUGGCAAUCAAAGGCAAUGACAUCAUGUCGGUAUGGGACAUGAUUAAAGCAGAACGAUGCUCAAAAGCCCUCCUGAUGCCUUACUGUCUAGGGGACCUGAUAGCCAUGAAGGACUCUUACACUGACGACUUUCAGUUAGACGUUAUUCUUUGUGGUGGUCAGAUUAUUGAUAACUUCUACACACAGGUUGUUGGGGUCUAUACAAAGAAUCUGGUAGUAGUGUAUGGGUCGACGGAGGCGGGCUUUGUCACAAUGAGACCCCCGAUACAAGAAGGGGACACACUGGAGAUCGGAGACAUUGGCGGUCCGGUGGGAGGAGUCGAACUGAAGACCGUGGAUGAAAGUGGAGACGUUCUUCCCCGAGGGGUUCCGGGAGAGCUCUGCAUCAGAAGCCGUAUGGUAUUUAAGGGAUAUUUUCAAAACGAAGAAGCCAACAAAGUUUCUUUUAUUGGUAACAGAUGGUUUCGAUCAGGAGAUAUUGCAACUAUAACCAAUGACAACAACGUCGUAAUUCAAGGACGAAUAAAGGACAUUAUUUCCCGCGGCACCAGGAAAAUUAUGCCGGAUGCUGUAGAAGAUGUCGUCAUACAGAUGAGCGGUCUACUGCACGUGGCCGUGGUUCCUGUCCCAGACAAGCGUCUAUAUGAAGAGGUGUGUCUCUGCUUCGUCACAGACAGAAAUUCUGACGUCACUGUUGAUGACGUCAAACGUUUUUGUGAGGAGCAUUUUGAAGUUAGGCAGUCGGCAGAUGGAUUGGGUGAGAGACCGACGUACUACUUCAAGUUUGAUUCGUUUCCAAUGUUGGGCACUGGUAAACCUAACAAACGGAUGAUAAAGAUGGACGCUGAGAACCGUCUCAAAAAUCAAUGAAUAGAGGAUGUGUUCUGUUGGAUUUAAGGCUCAGCUAGGGAGGGCUACGUGCGCUGAUCAUUCAUAUGAUUUUUCACCUUCAUUGAAAAUUCACAGACGUCAUUCGCUAUAGUUAGGAGCAGAUGAGAUUGUUUAGGUCUAAGUUCUAGUAUCAUACCAUAAUUAAGCUUCAUUCUUGUAGUUAAGGUUUUAUCUUUUGACAAUGUUAUGUACUAGGAAUAAAUAUGCAUUCUAUGUGUUGAUGUUAUCUUACAAAAAUAUGUGUUAACAGUUAUCGAUUGAGCACAAUGCUGGGAUAAUGGAAAGAUGUAUCUGUUAAAUUCCUUGUUCUUCUAUUUGUCAACAUUUAAACUAGCUUUUAAGAUUUUGUUUUUCUCGUUUCAGGUAUCAAC